AUGGAAAGCACUCCAACCAUGAUGCCAGUGUCUGAUGGAGAUGUGCACCCCUCAGCAGAAGUACUUGGCCAGGAUUUUGCCUAUAGCCCAAGUAUUGUCACGUUUGAUGUGUUCCAGUAUGGUGGCGUAGAGACAGAAGGUGACAGCAGUGGCUUCUCCAGUGAGGCACUAGGGUCGGACAUGCAGGCCGUUGCCAUGCCAGUCAGACCUGGAAGGGCUCUGACAGUGUUCUUCAGACUCAAAGUGACUAACAUGGCAUUUUCCAUGGACCUCUUCAACAAGAGCUCACCUGAGUACAAGGCUCUGGAGCAAAGGUUCUUGCAGCUGCUGGUUCCAUACCUGCAGUCCAAUCUGAACAACUUUCAGAACCUAGAGAUCCUCAACUUCAGGAACGGCAGCAUCGUAGUGAACAGCAGGAUGAGGUUUGGUAAGCCAGUCCCAAAGAGUGUCACCAACGUUGUCUAUCUUAUCCUGGAGGACUUUGCCAACACGGCUUAUCAGACCAUGAACCUGGCAAUCGACAAGUAUUCGCUGGAUGUUGAAUCAGGUGACCGGGCGGAUCCGUGUAAGUUCCAGGCGUGUAACGACUUUUCGCAGUGCAUGGUGAACCAGUGGUCCGGCGAGGCCGAGUGCGUGUGCGAUGCCGGUUACCUGAGCGUGGAUGGCCUGCCGUGUCAGAGCAUCUGCGAAGUGCAACACAACUUCUGCCUCAACGAUGGCAAAUGUGACGUCAUCCCCGGAAAGGGCGCCAUCUGCAGGUGUCGGGUCGGAGAGAACUGGUGGUACCGCGGUGAGCACUGCGAGGAGUACGUGUCCGAGCUGUUGGUGAUGGGCCUCGCCAUCAUCUCAGUGGUCUGCUUCCUCAUGGUUCUGGCUGGCAUCAUCCUCUUCCUGACUAGGACUCUGAGAGACCAGUACGAUGAAGAGGACAGCGAGGACCCGCUACGACGUGGUGACAGCAUGGCCAAACUGGAGCGUGCCACCAAGUUAAGCCACAUGUUCGACACUGACCCGGUCUCUGCCCAGUACUACCGGCGCUAUGAUGACGACCUCCCACAAUAUGGCCGCCGCUGUGACGCCAACCUCGGCAGCUCUGUCAAUCUGAGCGGCGAUGAGAUACGGCGCCUCUGUCAGACCUCGCCGCUCUCCAGAGAGGAGAUCCAGGAGUGUCUGAGGAUAAUCGAGUUGUGUGCAAGGGAUCAACACUUUGCAGACUUUGUGGGUCAGACUCACAUAUUCCUGGAGCAGAGAGGAAGCUCGGCGACAUAACGGGCAACCAGCCGCGACCUCAAAAAACCUGCCUUUGUUUGCGACUGGAGAAAGAGGACCACGCCUUCCUCGCUUCUGUUUGACUCGUGGACCCGACGUGAAGGUGACGAUUUUAUUCUGCUACUCUGCCGGACGGUUUGCCUGUCUCACUGACUCCGUAAAGAACUUUCAUGAACUUUUUCAUCAUCGGAUUUCCGUUGUUAAGGCUUCACUCACUGCUGCUUUACCGCUGUCUUAUGUUUCCACCCGGCGUUGUUUCAUUGUUAACGUCAGCUCGAGGGUUUCUUUAGCAUCUUCAACAGUAGGUCUUCACCAUCACUAAAACACUGAGGUCGGUUUGUCAAAGUG